AAUAUUCCAACAAAUUUUUUAUAACAUACAAAUUUUUUAUAAUCUUGAUGCAUGCAUGUAGCCGACGUUAGCCUUCCCAGGCUCCGCUGCACAUUCUGAUGGAUCCAACAUAGCCGUUACUUUUCCUCCCGCCGUAGUUUAAAGGAAAAAAUAUUUGUAAAUGAAGCAGCUCCGUCGGCGCCACUGCACCUCCUACUCCCACCUCAAUCCAAACCCAUCAUCUCCCUCUCAUUCUCCCUCCCGAUCCAAAAUCCUCCACCUCUGCAAGUCCGGCUUCCUCUCCCAAGCCCUCUCCCUCCUCAAGUCCGCCGAACCCGGUCGCCUCCCCCCGAAACCCAUCCUCUACGCCGCCGUCCUCCAGGCCUGCACCACCUCCUCCUCCUUGCCCCGGGGCCUCCAGCUCCACUCUUACGUCCUCAAGUCCGGCCUCGACAAUGACCGCUUCGUCGGCAACAGCCUCCUCUCCUUCUACUUCAAGGUCAGCCCCGACUUCUCCCUCACCCACCGCGUGUUCGAGAGUUUGCCCCUUAAAGAUGUAAUCUCCUGGACCUCCAUGGUCUCCGGUUAUGUUCGUGCAGGGAGACCCACGGAGUCGCUUCUGAUGUUUGCGAAGAUGCAAGCUUUUGGGGUCGAGCCGAAUGCAUUCACACUCUCUGCUGCAAUCAAGGCAUGUUCCGAUCUCAAAGAUGUAAAGAUUGGUAGCUGCUUCCAUGGAAUGGUUUUGUUGCGUGGUUUCGAUUUGAAUGAUGUGAUUGCUGGUGCUCUUGUUGAUAUGUAUGGUAAAAAUUCAGCAUUGGAAGAUGCAUGGCAUGUGUUUCAUGAGAUGAUCGAGCCUGAUACUAUCUGUUGGACUUCGAUGAUCUCGGCCUGCACAAGGAACGAUAGGUUUGAGGAGGCAGUGGGGCUUUUCCACUUGAUGAUGAGGAGGAAGCUUGGGUUGUUUCCGGAUGAAUUUACUUUUGGGACCAUCAUGACUGCUCUGGGUAAUCUGCAUAGGGCGAGACAGGGUAGGGAAGCUCAUGCUAAGUUUAUCACGAGUGGGCUUGGAGGGAAUGUGGUGGUGGAGAGCAGCACGGUCGACAUGUAUGCCAAGUGCGGCCUCAUGGAAGAGUCUCGCAAGGUCUUUGACCGGAUGCCCACAAAGAAUGCUGUCUCUUGGUGUGCCCUGCUUGGAGGGUACUGCCAGAGUGGUGACUAUGAGACUGUCCUUGCUCAAUUCCGGGAGAUGGAUACAGAAGACAAUCACUAUAGUUUUGGCACAAUUCUUCGGGCAUGUGCAGGCCUUUCAGCUGUGAGACAGGGCAAAGAGGUCCAUUGCCGGUUCCUGAGGACAGGAGGUUGGAGGGAUGUGGUUGUGGAGUCUGCACUUGUUGAUCUAUAUGCAAAAUCCGGUCUUAUAGAUUAUGCAUAUGGAGUUUUUACUAAAAUCUAUAUGAGAAAUUUGAUAACAUGGAAUGCCAUGAUCUGUGGUUUUGCUCAGAAUGGUCAAGGUCGGGAAGCCAUUAAGUUGUUCAAUGACAUGCUUAGGGAAGGGGCUAGACCUGACUAUAUUAGUUUCAUUGGUGUGCUUUUUGCUUGCAGUCAUGCUGGUUUGGUCGAAGAAGGGAGGAGGUACUUUAAAUUAAUGAAUGAAGAUUAUGGUAUUGCUGCUGGAAUCGAGCAUUACAGUUGCAUGGUUAAUCUCCUCAGCAGGGUUGGCCUACUCGAAGAAGCAGAAGAUUUAAUUAACAAGGCUGUCUGUAGAGAUGAUUCGUCAUUGUGGGCUGCUCUUCUAGGUGCCUGCGCCACCCAUUCAAGCCCUGCUGUAGCAGAACGUGUUGCAAAGAGAAUGAUGGAAUUGGAGCCAGGGUACCACUUGAGCUAUGUUCUUCUUGCUAAUGUCUAUAAGUCGGUUGGUCGAUGGGAUGAUGCUUUGAAGAUAAGGAGGUUGAUGAGAAAAAGACGUGUAAGGAAGGCACCUGGUAAGAGCUGGAUUAAGUAAAGCGUAACAUCAGUUCUUACAUUGGUGGUACUGAUUUGCUCAAAAAUGAAUUUGAAGAUCUUGAAGAUCUAGAUUUGGAUGAGGAAACUGCAAAUUCCUUUGGAGACAUUUUCGAGUUCUGGAUUCUAAUAUUUAUGAGAUCUAGUGCUAGUGAUACUGAUAAAAAGAAACAAUGUGGAAACAAUUAGAGUAUGCGUAACUCCAUUCACGUAAGUUUGAUUGUCAAAUUUGCAUCAGGCUUUUGCUUCAACAUCUUCUGCUGAUUCUUAUGUAGUUCACCACUGUUUUGCACAACAUCUCUGCAAUGUCUGAAGAAUUAUAGCAGAUGUUAUUGGCAGAUUUCUUUUUUUUUUAAUGAUUAUUGAGUUAUGAAAGGUAGAAUAUUAGAUAUACAUUCACUAUGUUGGUGAUGAUGCAGUAAAUUGAGGGAAGCAAAGUAGUCAGUAAGAAUGUUCAAAGCAAGGGAAGUAUAUGCCUCAAGAAAAAUUGGAUCCAGAUUAUAAGCUCAAGACAGGUACGUGACAUGAAAUUAGAAUAAGAACAGGCACUCUUGCAGACUGGAAUGAGAAACAAGAAAUACAGAACCUUAUCAUUUCUCUGAUACUGCUAAGAACUAAGAAUCUGGCUAGAUCUGCAAGAUGUCUGCAUCAAGGGAGCACAAACAAUUCAGGAAAAAAAUUUCUGUCAAUAUUUGGACUGAGUCUUAUGGACUAUGGAAGGUAUCAAAGGUACAAAGAGCAAAGGGUGGACAGAAUUUUUAAAAAUGGCAGUAUUAUGUAGACUAAGAAAGCAAAGAAAUUUGAAAAGUAGAAAUCACAAAUGAAAAUAAAGAAGUUCCAGUACUUAGCUUGGCAGCUUUAAUAUCUGUAGUACUGAUGGAAGUAGGUUUUUCAGAUAAUGUAUUAAAGUAAUAUAUGGUAUAAACAGCCCAGGAAAUAAUUUACUGGAAUAUUAAUAUCCUUUGGCGGGAACAAGAAGGCAAUGUCUUAGCAUGAAAUAAGACAAAUUGAUCAGGACUGGCUUUGUUGUUUGGGGUAUGCUACAAGUGUGAUAAUCCGGCCCAAUUGGGCCCAAAACCAGCUCACAAAGCCCACUAAGCCAUUAAACAAAA